AUGACUGACGCCAAAGCCAAUGUGUUGCUUCUGGGCUGCGGCGCCAUUGGCACCAUGGCCGCCGUCACCCUCGAAAGAUCCGGACGCGCAACCGUGACAGCUGUGUUGAGGUCAAACUUUGCGGCAGUGAAGACGGAGGGCUUUACGAUCGAUAGUGUCGAUCACGGAAAGCUCUCUGGUUGGCGUCCAUCACAUAUUGCACGCUCCAUCAAGGACGCCAUGAGCCAUGGGCCUUUUCAGUUUGUCGUGGUGGCAAUGAAAAGUCUGCCCGAUAUCUAUUCAAUCCCGACACUCAUCGCUCCGGUCGUUAUGGCCUUUGACUCGACAAUCGUCUUGAUCCAAAACGGUAUUGGCAACGAACGGCCCUUUGUCGAUGCCUUUGGCAAGUCGACCAUCCUCUCCGGCGUAAGCAUGAUUGGUGCCCGUCAACUAGAGAGCGGCACAAUCCAACACGACAAACCCGACCUCCUAUACCUCGCUCCAUUCUACAACCGGGCCAUUGGGCAAGAGCAGCAGGACCAGCUCGCGGGUCUCUUUGCUUCCUUAUACCAAGGCGGUGGCGCCGCCUGCGUUGUUGUCCCAGAUAUCGCGUGGAUGCGCUGGAAGAAGCUAGUAUGGAAUGCGUCUUUCAACAGCGUCUGUGCGAUAACAGGCCUGGAUUCGGCGUCGGUCAUAGACGCCGGUGGUGUAGAGACAAUGAUCCGUCCAGUGAUGGAUGAGGUGGUCAGGAUUGCUCAUGCGAGCGGAUACACCCUCCCGGACAACAUCCAGGAAACGUCGAUUGCUUCGAUGCCCCGGGAAAUCGCCUUUCGUCCAAGCAUGCUGGUUGACGCGGACCGUGGAAGACCUAUGGAGAUCGAGGCUAUUGUUGGCAACCCCCUGCGCUUGGCGGAGGACUUGGGCUGCGAAACUCCUUUCUUGCGCGCGAUAUACGGCUGCUUGAAACUUAUCCAGUGUAAGGUGACGGGAAUUCGCGGGUCUUAG